AUGUCGACAAGUAUUAAUAGGUCAUCGUCGUUGCCACGACCGUAUAUCGGUUCGCGUCGUAGUCGACAUUAUAUUUACAACAAUCUACCAUCAACAUCAUUAUUAUCGAAUGAUUACUUUCUUUCAUCGAAAUCGUUUCUAUCGAAUACAAGCAAACCACGAACCUAUAUCCCGAAUGAUCAGCCGAGCGAAAGUUUACAAGAGCGAAAUGACAAAGACUUUAUCUCGAGUUCUAUUCCGCUAGCCGAUCGACAACUCUGUCAAGGACGGAAAACAAGAGAUUUUUUAUCAUCAUCAUCGUCGUUAUUUCUUCUCCCAUCGACUCCAAAUAAGACAUCUCAUCUUUGUCACGAUCCGUGCUCUUCAUCAUUUGUGAAAGAACAACAAAAAGCUCCAUCCAAUCAUCUCUACGAAUCACGAUAUUCCCAUUGUCAAUCAUUGAAUUCGACAGACAAGACUUUGGCAUACCAAUCACCAGUAAAACAGUAUUCAAUUGAUAACUAUCAAACUAAUCUAUUAGAAGAAAAAAGCUCCCUUCCAUCAUCUUCAAGAUUACUCAACGAUAGCAUUGUUGUUAAUAAAGAGAGUGAAACAUCAUUUCUGCCUUCUUCAUUCUCACUUCAUUAUCCUAAAUCAACUAAUUCAAUCUUUUCCUCAUCACCCUCAACGAACAAAAUCAACGACCACAAACCUCUUUCCAAAAUAUCCAACAAUACAUUUGCUCGACCGCCAUCGUCAUUUCUGAGAUAUUCGACUAGUUCUUGGAAUAUUAACUCACCAAUGUCAUCGACCAAAUAUCCAACAGGUUCAGACGGUUAUACGGGACCGAUUACUCAUUCGUAUGACCAACGAAUCAGUGAUCAAGGUACAAAAUAUGUUAUUCAAUUGACGACUGAUGAUUUUGAAGAAAAUGAAUUCACGAUUACACCGUCUUACUCUCGAAAUCAACUAGUUAUCGAUGGGAAACAUGUAGAGGAAGAUCAUCUCGGUGGUUUUAUUCGGCGAGAAAUGCACAAAAUCUUUCCUAUACCAAAACAUAUCGAUUUAACAAGAUAUUCGUCAUCAUACAGUCGGAAAACACGAGAACUAACCAUUGAAAUGCCUUGUUUACAUUCAACAAUAACUGAAAAGAAACCAAAUUUGUCAAAUCGGGAUAUAACAAGUCAAUCAUUAACAUUUUCCUAUGGGAAUCUUAAUCUAACUAAUGGUGGACGACCUACAUCUUCCGCAACUCAUUUACAAUCAGAUCCGCAUCAUAAUUUAUCGAUUAAUCCAAAUGACUUUCAUAUGACAUUCACUGAUUCAUCAAGAACAACACCGGUUGCAGUCACAUCGAACAAUGAUUCGUCCGUAGGCAAAACAAAACCGUUUGAUUUUGAUGUAUUCCAUCGAUCGGCUUUUCGUCCGCAAAUUCUUCCAGGUUCGUCGAAUGACAAUAAGAAACUACUCAUGUCUUUAGAUUUAACCGAUUAUCAACCUGAGGAUAUUCAAGUGUCAAUCAAAGAUCAAGAGCUAAUCGUCAAAGCUGAACGAAAAACCGAAAGCGACACACGCAAAUCUCGUUCAUCAUUCUUCCAAUCAACCAGUCUACCACCUCAGACCGAUAUUGAACGUCUACAAUCAAAUUAUAUGGAUGGUAAAUUAAUCAUCGAGGCACCGUAUCUAGAAAAACAUGUCAAAAUAAUCAAUAAUAAUACUGACAUCAAUGGGUAA